UUACUGUAAGGAAACGUGAUUCCACAAAAUAUUGCGCCAUAACUGCCGCCAAAAUCCCCUGGAAGUUGAUCUCUUCAUCACCACGAUCCUUUGAUCAAUCACAGUUGCAGUUCUCUUCAUCAAGAGCCAUUCGUUUCCCACGCAAUAGAUUGAAAGCGGUGCGUUAGGGUUUCUUGUCUCUUAAUUUUCAGCAUCUGUCGUUUGCCCUACGUAAGGGAGGAGAUCAGGGCUCUUAAAGGACAUGCCAAAUUAGGCGACACGUGACGAAAUUAAAAAAAAAGGUUUUCGAAGCCAGGGGAUAUCGCAUGAGCAGCCUGUUUGCCUCCUUCACACCAUCCCCAAACCCUACUAACAACUCUACUAUGAGUGGAAUUAUACUGAUUACAUUGUUUUGCUUAGAUCAGAUGUAUCAGUAAGCACAUAGUGUAAUUUCAUCUAGCUGGACACAAAUUCAAACCCUAUCCAAUACAACAUAAGAAAAAUAAAAACAUAUCUUAUGCACUUGCUAGAUUAUGAGUUCCAUAAUAUCUAUAGGAAAGUUUCUUCUAGUGUUAUUAGAACUGUUUUGGGCUUUUAUAGCCUUCUAUGUAUAUUACUUCUUUUACCAAGGCCAGAUUUCAUCUAACAGGGAAUGGAUUUGAACCAUGAAAAUGCCACAAGUAAGCUUUCAUCUACCAAGGAGACACGUAAUGUAUCUAUUGAAGAGUAUGUUGGUAUUUUUUUGUUGAUAUUAGCACACGGAUGUGGAAAUAGACUAGCUCAAGAAAUUUUCAAUCAUUCAGGGGAAACUAUUCACAGACAUUUCCAUCGUGUUUUAAGAGCGGUGCUUAAGCUUAGCGGGGACAUCAUCAUGCCUAAAGCAAACUAUAACGAUGAAGUACCUCGACAACUCUUAAACAACUCUCGGUAUUACCCCAUGUUCAAGGAUUGCAUUGGUGCUAUUGAUGGGACACAUGUUAAGGCAUCAGUUCGAGAGCAUGAACAAGCAAAAUAUAUUGGUAGAAAAGGAUAUGCAACCCAAAAUAUCAUGGCAGCAUGUGAUUUUAAUAUGUGUUUUACAUUUGCAUGGGCGGGAUGGGAAGGCACUGCACAUGACACAAGAAUUUUUUUAGAAGCAUUACGUAAGCCAGAGGUGAAAUUUCCUCGUCCAACGGGUGAUAAGUACUAUGUUGUUGAUGCCGGGUACCCAAAUACCAGAGGCUAUCUUGCUCCAUAUAAAGGAAAUGAUGUUCGUUAUCAUAUACCUGAUUUUCGUCGAGGUCAAACAGCUGCCCAACGUGCUCCGAAAGGACUAAAAGAGACAUUUAACUACUAUCACUCAUCUUUAAGAAAUGUGAUCGAAAGGACAUUUGGAGUAUGGAAGGCAAGGUGGGCAAUAUUAAAAGAUAUGCAUGUUGAUUACUCUUAUGAAACACAGGUCGACAUUGUGAUAGCAUCCAUGGCAAUUCACAACUACAUUAGGAUGAAAGGUCAUUUUGAUGAAGCAUUUAACGAAGCACAACAAGAAACUUAUCGUCCAACUCGAGAUCUUGAAGGUGAUACAUCCAUCAGAAUUAAUGGAUCACAAGAAGACAUAACUACACGUCGUAGGCAAGACGAUAUGUAUAUGAGUUCGGUAAGAGAGAGAAUUGCAAAAGAUAUUAUGCAAUCCAUUUGAAUAUUUAUCUGUUGCAAUUGCGGUACUAAUGCAAAAUAGUGCAUAAUUUGUUUACUUACCUUGCACUGAAAUCAUAUGGCGUAGCGAUUGAACUGGAGUUUGUUGUUA